UAGAACUACAUUAACAUCUGGCGGGGGACCUUCAAAUGUGGCAAGGCAAGUCACUUGAUUACACGUAUGUUAUUUAGUUAAAUUUGUGAAAAUUAUGAGAUGCUCACCAACCCGGUGAUAAACUCCCUCCCUCCCCAUUGGCUGGCCUGGUCACAUGGCCGCCCAACUUUAUUCAGUUGACAGCAAGUAGGAGGGUCCUAUGGAAGGAGAAAAAAAGACAACACGAGAAAAAUUAGUAUUUUCUACCUUCUGAAAUUAAUGGCCAUGAGUUCGUAUAUGGUGAACUCCAAGUAUGUGGACCCCAAGUUUCCUCCGUGCGAGGAGUAUUUGCAGGGCGGCUACCUAGAGCAGGGCGCUGACUACUACGGCAGCGGCGCCCAGGGCGCUGACUUCCAGCCCCCGGGGCUCUACCCGCGGCCCGACUUCGGUGAGCAACCCUUCGGAGGCAGCGGCCCCGGGCCCGGCUCAGCGCUGCCUGCGCGGGGUCACGGACAAGAGCAGAGUGGCCCGGGCGGUCACUACGGUGCCCCGGGAGAGCCGUGCCCGGCGCCCCCGCCCGCGCCCCUGCCCGGCGCUCGGGCCUGCAGCCAGCCUGGCGGCCCCAAGCAGCCGCCCCCCGGGACGGCACUCAAGCAGCCGGCGGUGGUCUACCCCUGGAUGAAGAAGGUGCACGUGAAUUCCGUGAACCCCAACUAUACCGGCGGGGAGCCCAAGCGUUCCCGGACCGCCUACACCCGGCAGCAAGUCCUAGAACUGGAAAAGGAAUUUCAUUUUAACAGGUAUCUGACGAGGCGCCGUCGGAUUGAAAUUGCUCACACCCUGUGUCUGUCCGAGCGCCAGAUCAAGAUCUGGUUCCAGAACCGGAGGAUGAAGUGGAAAAAAGACCACAAGCUGCCCAAUACCAAGGGCAGGUCAUCAUCAUCAUCUUCUUCGUCCUCCUGCUCCUCUUCAGUUGCCCCCGGCCAGCAUUUGCAGCCAAUGGCCAAGGACCACCACACAGACCUGACGACCUUAUAGAAGUGGGGACCCUGGGCCCAUCCCUCCCUGCGCUCCAGGCUGAGCCGAAGCUGUGGGGGCAGGCCGGGCCUGCUGUCACCUCGCUGGGCUCUAAGGUACUGUGGGGUGGACCUGGGACAUGCAAGCCGCCCUCGGACUAGGUUAGCAUCUUGCCCGAGGGCAGCCCCCUCCCUAGAGUGGGGAUGGGGGUGGGAGGGUGGCGGGAUGCUCUAAGUAUAUUAUCAUAUGGCAGGAGCUACUGAGAACAUAAUACCCCGGCGAGUCAUUAAACUCAUGAAAAUCUCUGCUGUUGGAUUUUGAAUUUGCAAAUGAAGGUUGGAUGCUUUAUCCCAGUGUGCUUUGGACAUUGUCCCCCCACUCCACCCCUCCAGGGAGUUUUGUGGUUUAGUAAUGUGGGGGAGUUGAGGCAGAAAGUUGCCCCCCCACACACCUAGGUGCUUUCAAUGAGAGCAGGAGAGCUGGGCCAGAAUUGCUGAACUUUCUGGGUGACUGUAUAAUUUCCAGUGUGCUAACAAGAAAUAUUCUGCU